CUACAAAAAAAAUUGAGUUGGUGACAGAAACAAUGACAGUGGCAUUGUCAAUUUUCUGCGCCAGAUUUUAGCUCUAAUAAUUCCUUUCGGAACCAUUAUUUAAGUGUGAUAAUGAAGCGAACAUUCUCCUCAGCGGCUAAAACCCUAGUUAAGAAAAUCCAAGCGCGCCAAAUUUUUGACUCUCGUGGUAACCCAACUGUUGAAGUUGAUUUAGUCACAGAUUUGGGUCUUUUCCGAGCGGCUCUACCAUCUGGUGCCAGCACUGGGGUUCACGAAGCUUUGGAGCUUCGAGACAAAGACAAAGCGAACUAUCACGGAAAAUCAGUCUUCAAAGCGAUCAAAAACGUUGCUCUUAUCGCCCCGGAAGUGAUAAAAUCACAAUUAUGUGUAACCCAACAGUGUCAAAUAGAUGAAAUUAUGGUAAACCUUGACGGAACUGAGAACAAGUCCAAGCUGGGAGCAAACGCAAUCCUUGGGGUGUCAUUAGCCGUGGCCAAAGCAGGCGCAGCGACUAAAAAAGUUUCCCUGUUCAAACAUUUGGCCGAUUUGGCGGGGAAUAAAGACAUAAUCCUGCCUGUUCCGGCGUUUAAUGUGAUAAAUGGGGGCUCUCAUGCCGGGAACAAGCUGGCGAUGCAGGAGUUUAUGAUUUUGCCGACGGGGGCGAAGUCGUUCACUGAGGCUAUGAAGAUGGGGAGCGAGGUCUACCACCACUUGAAGAACGUGAUCAAGGCGCAGUUCGGGCUGGACGCCACUGCCGUGGGGGAUGAGGGCGGCUUUGCCCCCAACAUCCAGAACAACGAAGACGCGCUUAAUUUGAUCAUCGAAGCGAUUAAAAAAGCCGGUUAUGAGGGAAAAAUCGACAUUGGCAUGGAUAUAGCCGCCUCUGAGUUUUACAAAGACGGGCAGUACGAUUUGGACUUCAAAAACCCCAAGUCAGACAAGAGCAAAUGGAUUUCGGGGGAAAAACUCCUCGAGAUGUACAAAGGUUUCAUCAAGAAAUUCCCGGUGGUGUCCAUUGAGGAUCCCUUCGACCAAGACGACUGGACCUCCUGGUCGGCCAUCACCUCCUCGACUGACAUCCAGAUCGUCGGGGAUGACCUGACGGUGACCAACCCCAAGCGCAUCCAAACUGCCGUUGAGAAGAAGGCGUGCAAUUGCCUUUUGCUCAAAGUUAACCAAAUCGGUUCGGUUACUGAGUCGAUUAAAGCGCACCUUUUGGCCAAGUCCAACGGUUGGGGGACGAUGGUCUCGCACAGGUCUGGCGAGACUGAAGAUACCUUCAUUGCCGAUUUAGUUGUGGGACUUUCGACGGGGCAAAUUAAAACAGGAGCCCCUUGCAGGUCAGAACGUUUGGCUAAGUAUAACCAGAUUUUGAGGAUUGAAGAGGAACUAGGAACUAAAGCGAAAUACGCAGGGCGGAACUUCAAAUUCCCGCACAAAUAAAACACAAAUCUAAUAAUCUUGGUUGCAAAAGGAUCUAUUUGAAAUGGUUUAAUACAAUUAUUAUUCAAACAACAAUCAAAGCUUAAAGUUAAAGUAAUAAUUCUAAUUACAAUAUCCUUAUUUUUGUAUCUUAUAAAAUUUUGGUAUCAGCCUUGAAUUUGGAAUAAAAAAUAAUUUACGUA